AUGUCUGGUCAGGAGUCCGAUUCGGCGAGCAGUUGUCAGUAUAGUGAUGACUCCGACAUAAACUUUAUUCCGGGUUAUAUAAUGGAGGAUGCACAGGCCAAGAAAGACUGUGAUUCUGAUGAAGGUUGUUCAUGCUUCGCAUAUGCCGAAGAACCUUUAGCUGACGAAGCCUGGUUAGAAACAUACCACAGAGAAGAACAGCAAAGGCUAAAGGCUGAGGAACAGUUUACGAAAAGGCUAAACUGUUCGGUGGAAAUAAGUGAAUGGUAAGUAAGAUCUGAAUUUAAUUUCACUCAGUAUAAAUUUUCCGUACAGUUCACACAACACCCAGGUUUUGAUUCUGUCUGCUUACAAAAAUGGAGUUUAAAAUUAGCUGUGGACAAGUACAAAACCAAGUCCAAAUCAAGAUACAGUCAGGUCAAAACGCAGAACAGGUAAGGUAAAAAAAAUCAGAUAAUUUCAAGGACUACAUAUUUCAUACAUGGCAAAACUAUUUUAUUUAUAGCUGUAUAAAAGUUUCAAAUGUCACCAAAUUUAAAAGUCCCCAAGUUGAUUCUAUUUUCUAAUGUUACACACAGUGAUUUGUCAUUUGUGGUGUAGCUGUAGCUAUAAAAUUGGCCUGACUAGACAAAUUGCUUUGUGUAAAAUAUGACAAGAUGGGCUCGAAAGAAAAGAAAUAUUGAAAAAAAUAAAUAAAAUUGUUUUUGAUCGGUGGAAAACCAAGGUUGCCGAUCAUCUUGAUCUGCAAGAAAUAUAUCUGACAAUUGUCUCAAAAACAUGCUUACUGAACAUAUACUGUAAACAGAACAUAUCUUACUGAUAAGCCAGAUCCUGUUUUGAUAUUAACCCAUUGAGAGUCGCAUUGUGCCCUGCUUUAUUAUUUUAGUUUGUCUAAUGCCAGAUGAUACUGGUGCUUGUUAACUGGCCUAUCCGCUCAUGUGUCUAGUUAACCCACUGAGUCGCAUUGCGUCCUAUUUUAUUAUUUUACUCUGUUUAACACCAGAUUAUUUUAUUCUGUUUAACGCCAGACAAUUUUACUCGUCAAGAGGAGAGCACUGGUGCUUAAUGGGUUAAUUGUGGUCUUCUAUAUUUAGAUUCCUGCACAGUAUCUCAUAUAGAAAAUUUGUCAGGCUGGUUUAUGGUUUUCUUGGCAACAGGAGGGUACCACUGCCAUCAUGUGCCUACACUGCUAUUAGGAAAGCAUUUCCAACUGGUAAGGAUGAAGCUAUCACCGGAUACGCUGAAGAAUCUGACUGA